GGGAUAGUUGUUGAAGAGAACCAGCAAAGUUUGGAACUUUGGAGGAGAAAUCGUUGUCGGAAGAGGAACAGAAUGCGGGUCAAGAUGUACAGUUUGUUCGAUUCCAAGGUGAUCUUAGUGUUGUUGAUGUCGAUGAUUCUCUGCGAUUCGGUCGCCGAUGGUUCUUCCGGUGACACCACUAUGCACACUAACAACUGGGCUGUUUUGGUUUGCACCUCUCGUUUCUGGUUUAACUAUCGGCACAUGGCCAACACAUUAUCCUUGUAUAGGACAGUUAAGCGGUUAGGAAUCCCUGAUGAGAGGAUAAUUCUCAUGCUGGCAGAUGACAUGGCGUGCAAUGCUAGAAAUAGGUAUCCUGCUCAAGUUUUCAACAAUGAGAACCACAGGCUUAACCUAUAUGGAGAUAAUGUGGAGGUAGAUUAUCGAGGCUAUGAAGUAAGUGUGGAAAACUUUUUGCGGGUAUUGACUGGACGUCAUGAGACUGCUGUUCCCAGAUCAAAGCGUCUUUUGAGUGAUGAGGGAAGUCACAUUCUUCUAUACAUGACAGGGCAUGGCGGAGAUGAAUUUUUGAAAUUUCAAGACUCAGAAGAGCUCCAGAGUCAUGAUUUAGCUGAUGCUGUGAAACAGAUGAAAGAAAAGCAUAGAUUCAAGGAGUUGUUGAUAAUGGUGGACACUUGUCAAGCAUCCACUCUCUUCAAUCAGCUUCAAUCUCCUGGUGUUUUGGCUAUUGGAAGUAGCAUGAAAGGAGAGAAUUCAUAUUCACAUCACUUGGACUCUGAUGUUGGUGUAUCUGUUGUUGAUCGUUUUACGUAUUACACCCUUGCCUUCUUUGAGAGACUACAUAUUUAUGAUAAUGCCUCAUUAAGCAGUUGGUAUGUAGCAAUGUUUUUGUACUCGGUCUGGUGGCUGAUCCGUUUUGGUCAUCGGUUUGGUUCAACAGUUCACUCGAUCGGUUCAAUUGAGACGAAGGGCUUGCGUUUUGGUUUUGCUUCUGCAGAGACAAAGGACUGGAAGCCGCAGAUGGAGGCCACGAGCAAGCAACAGGUUCUCGAUUUCUGGCUGAGAUCCGAGGAGGUAGUUGUGGAGUCACCGACGGCUGAGAUUGGGGAGGCAGUUGGUCGCCAAGACAAAGGACUAGAAACCGUAGACAAAGGCCACGAGCGAGCAGCAGGUUCGCGAUCUCUAGCUGAGAUCGGGCAGGGAAAGGCCGGCGGUGAUGACUGGUGCGUGGUACUGGUGGUGGUCUGGUGGUGUUGUUCUUCUAUUCCCCUGCUCUCUUUUGUUUCUAAUUUCUCUUGGGUUUGCUUUUGCAAUUUGCUGCGAUUUUAAUUUUUAAUUAAAGUUAAUGGUGUGG